AUGGCGAAGAACAAAGUUCACAAAGAAGACGGUUCAGAGCGAAGAGUGGAGAGGGCAAGAGAAGAGAAGCGUGAGGGAAGAAGAAGAUGGACUAUAGUGGAAAGAGGAAGAGGCCCAAAGGAAUCGGUCCGAAGUGGCCAGAGAGCUGGCAGACAUGGACGACUCGUGAUCCCAAGGACCUUAUGGAGUCCAAGAACGCAUCCGUAUCUUGAGGAGGAUGCAGUUCAUGUCGAUGCGCUACCCACAUCCGGAAACCAUCAAGGCUGGGGAAUAGAGGAGGAUGUGAAGACAUCUUCUACUACCGAGCUUGGAGAUUCACGAAGAUGGCUUCCCGGCGUACAUAGAACCAGCGAUGAGUUCCUCGCAUCUCUGAAGCUCAAGAAAGCAUCCUCAAGAAGCGCUGCUGAGCUCAAGAGAGAUGGGAUCGGAUACAUACCUUCACGCUCUGGGGCAAGAGUAUCGGUUCAGCAUGAUGGAGCUGGACCAUCUACAAAUCUCAAGAACAAGAGUGGUCACAUCAAGAACCCGGCCAUACGCUACGCUCAUAAGGUGAUCGCUCACACUCUCUUUGCAGACAUGACUGCUCGAACGUCACACGCAAGAACUUGA